AUGACAAACCAUUUUAGUUCUCUUGCUUUCCUCUUGUUUACUCUCUUAGUAACCUUGAUUCAGCUUUCUAACGCUGCCCCAGCUGAUAGUCAAGAUAUGGCUAAUAGAGAUAUACAACUCCAUCAGGUAUUGCCCUAUCCAUAUUGUGAUCCAAGAUUUCCCUGUGUUGAUCCUAGGUUCCCUCCUCCUUGGAUGUUCCCCAUUGGUCCUAUUCUUCCUCAACCUCCUUUGCCUCCCAUAUCCACUCCACCUACUCCACCUACUCCACCUACCCCUCCUAUUAUUGUCUUACCACCACUUGUACCACCCUUCGUUCCACCUACUCCACCAACUCCACCUACUCCUCCUGGCGUUAUCUUCCCACCCUUCGUUCCACCUACUCCUCCUACUCCACCUACCCCUCCUGGCGUUAUCUUCCCACCCUUCAUUCCACCUACUCCACCUACCCCACCUACUCCUCCUGGUGGCGGUGGCACCCCACCUACCCCUCCCACUCCACCUACUCCUCCAUUUUAA